AUGUUCAGGUCUACGCUUGGCCGCCACACACUCGGCGUCUCGCGUCUCUUCUCGACAAGAACUGCGUUACUACUGGCCGAAAACAAGAAAGUUGGAAAGCACAUCGACUUCUUGUCUAAGUUUUACACACCUGAACUUUUGCAAAGUAUCAAAAUCACCGAGUCGCUUGUGGAUCCCCAGGACUACUUGGACUUGAAGAAAAGUGGUGGCCAUGGAACUUCUAAGGUGGCGCCAUCGAACGCAUCCAACGAUUUCUCCAAAUCUGACCCUAAAUGGGACGAACCCGUAUUGUAUCCCAAUCAGGCCACCAACCACACUCCAUAUCCCAGAAUUCCCCAGAUCCAGGGCGCCGACAGAACGGACUUACACUUACGGUUUGACACCGUGAACAAGACCACGGCGAAGGGUCCUGCCGGCAACGACAAGUUCUUCGAGGACUUGCAUAAGUUGACUGGAAUGGAAAUGUGGUACAUGAAGAAGUUGUACGUGAGACCCAUUGUCAUGAAGAGAGUGUCGUGCCAGACAUCCAAGGGUAAGAUCCCUAACUUCUAUGCAUUGACUGUUGUUGGUGACAAGAACGGUAUGAUUGGAUUGGGAGAAGGAAAGUCUAGAGAUGGUAUGAGAACCGCAUUGAGUAAAGCUCACUGGAAUGCCAUUAAGAACUUGCAACCUAUUCCUAGAUAUGAGAACAGAACGAUCAUUGGCGAUAUUGACUACAAAUUCCAUGCUGUGAAGUUGUUCAUCAAGUCUGCACCUUCUGGUUUUGGCUUGAGAGUUAACCCCAACAUUUUCGAGGUUUGCCAGGCCGCAGGUAUUAAGGACUUGAGAGGAAAGGUGUAUAAGUCGAGAAACCCUAUGAAUGUGGUGAAGGGUUUUGUGGAGGCAUUGACCAAGCAGAGAUCUUUGGAGGAUUUGGCUGCUGGCAGAGGUAAGAAGUUGGUGGACUUGAGAAAGGUGUAUUACUCUGCGUAG